AUGGCUACAAGUUUUUUUGAUAUUGUCCAACGUGUGUAUGUAUAUUUUUCGUCUUCAACACAUCGGUGGGUAGUUUUCACUAGUCAUCAACCUACGUUAACUGUUAAACCUCUAAGUGAAACAAGAUGGGAAAGCAGAAUAGAUGCUAUAAAGCCUUUGCGAUAUGAACUUGGUAAAAUAUAUUAUGCCCUGCUAGAAAUAGCUGAUGAUACUUCUCUAACUGGAUCCUCAGGAAGCACUGCACGCAGUGAUGCUAAAGCAUUUGCGAAUAGUGUUGCAAAGUUUAAGUUCGUGGUUUCAAUUGUUGUAUGGUACAACAUACUUUUUGAAAUCAAUAUAACAAGUAAGCAGCUCCAAGCUAAAGAUUUGGAUAUUCAUGCUGCUGAUUUGGAGAUACCACCAACCUUUGAGGCAGAACCACGAUUACGGCGGAGAAAAAAGCAAUUUGCAUAUGAAGCUGAAGAUGAGCCUGUGCAAGAUCCAAAACAAAAUUUCAAAGUGACUUUUUUCUUUGCUAUACUUGACACAGCAAUAAGGUCGGUUGAAGAAAGGUUUGAACAAAUGAGAACAAUUGAAUCUGUAUUUGGUUUCUUAUAUCAUAUUCAUGGUCUACAGAGUAAAACUUCACAAGAAAUAUUGGAAUGUUGCAUGAAACUAGAAUCUCCUUUACAACAUGGCGAUAACAGAGAUUUAGUUGCAUCAGAUUUGUGUGGCGAACUACAGUCUAUUGCACGACGACUUUCUGAAGAAACAAAGUCUCCUCAAGAUGUUUUUCGAUUUAUUCUUUGCCAAAACUUGGAAGACAGUCUACCCAACCUUUGUAUUGCUCUUCGUAUUUUGCUGACAUUACCUGUUUCUGUCGCUUGUGGAGAGCGUAGUUUUUCCAAACUAAAAUUGAUAAAGACAUACAUUCGAUCAUCCAUGUGCUCAGACAGAUUGGUUGGGUUAGCAACUCUUUCCAUUGAGCACGAACUUGCAGACAAGCUGGACCUGAAGGACCUUGAGAUCGAUUUUGCCCAGAAAAAGGCACGCAAAGAACAGUUUUGA